AUGCCCACGUUGAAGAUCACAUCUGCAAAAGUUAAAAAGCUUUCAAAAGGUCAACGUGGGCAGCAACAUGGUCAUGUCCGAGACCAUGUCAACAUCAACAAACUCAGCAACAUGGCCAUGUUUAUAGACCACGUUCAGGGCAACACACCCAGGAACAGGGCUAUGUUUAUAUAUCAUGUUGAGGUCGACACACCCUGGAACAUGGCCACGUUGAAAACCACGUCAACAAAAUUCAAGGAGCUUUCAAAGAGUCAUCAUGGACAACAACAUGGCCAUGUCCAAGACCACGUCCACAUGAACACACCUUUUAACAUGGCCAUGUUGAAGACCACGUCAAGAGAAUUCAAGAAGGUGUCAAAGGGUUAA